AUGCUCCGCGGGGAGCUCUAUCGCGCCUUCACCCCGGACUUAAUUGCAGCUCGAACACGCUGCAGAUGGGCUUGUGUUCGGUUUAACAAAGCUGAUGAGGCAUCUCGGCGGCAACUUGUGGAGAUGUGGAAAGAUAUCACCGAAGACAAGACCCCACUGCCAUCAAAGCUGGAUGAUCCAGUUGCCGAUGAAGCUCUCCUCGAACGGGAACCCUGGGUAGAAGGGCCCGUGAAGGUAGAUUACGGGUUCAAUGUCAAGCUUGGAGAAGGUGUUUUCAUCAACUCCAAUUGUGUUUUCAUUGAUACGUGUCCCAUCACUGUUGGUGCUCGGACCUUAUUUGGACCUGGUGUCAACAUCUACUCCGGGACUCAUCCACUUGAUCCUGCCUUGCGAAACGGGACCGAGGGACCCGAGACUGGGAAACCGGUUGUUAUUGGGGAGGAUUGUUGGCUUGCUGGCAAUGUUAUUGUUCUUCCUGGUAUCACUAUUGGUAAAGGGUGUACCAUUGGAGCUGGAAGUGUGGUUACAAAGGAUGUGCCCGCUUUCCACCUUGUUGCCGGAAAUCCAGCCAAGAUCAUUCGUCGCAUUGAAACUACUAUGACGGAGUGA